UUUAUACUAUUAUAAAUUUUAAAAAAUUAAAUCAAAAUUUUAUAUUUUUUAAAGUCGAUAUAAUUUUAUUAUAUGUUAAUUUAAAAUGUUAUAGACUAUAAAAGAAUUAAAGAUAGAAAUUCUCCGAGUCGGGCCCUACUAGCCCAUCGGGCUUCUCCCUUGGUGGGUUUAAACAUGUAUUUUAUAAAUCAUACUUGUAAAUCCCGCCCACGACCAAAUUUCUCGUUAUUUAUAUUUGAGAAGAUGCCGCGCCAGAAACAGAAAGGUUUUCGUUACAACGCCGCCAAAACUAGAGCUUAAUGGGGGGAAACAAGAUCACACGAACGACGCAGGUCUCCGGCGACGGACUGUUACCGUUAAUACUUUCCGUCUUUGAGCAAUCCGUUGCUGAAGGAGGUGCACGGUCGACACCGAUUCUUCAAGUUGAUCCAGUGUAAGCACGACAAUGGCCUCCGUCCGUCCUCCUUCAAGGUCUACGGUCAUCAAACGUGGCGGCUGUAGCAUCGAUCUUCAGGCCACUCUCAGUUCUCUCUUUAAUUAAUUUUCUCUUUCGUUUUGCAACAAAUUCCGAAUUAAUUAGUGUUUGGCUUUGAAUCUUUUAGCUUAGACCAAGACUUAAAUCCAAUGAUAUACAAAGUUUUCUCAGCAGACAAGCUAUAAAUCGCUAAUUUCGAAUUGUUUUAGCUAUGAACCACUAAUCCGAAUGAUAUGAAUUGUUUCUGAUUAACAAACUACAGAUCUUAAAUUUUGUUUUAGGAACAUUUCUGAUUACUAAAUUACUUAUUUUCUUACAGUUACCGUGCCGUUAUCGUUUCGAGUUAUCUUAAUGGCGGUGCUGAAGGGGGUAUUCGGUCCACGCUGAUUCUUCAACCUGAUCCAGUUUUUGACAAGAAACAGAUUAAGCGGCAAAUACAUUAAGGCAUUAUCUCUUCAGUAAGUUACAUGGUCGAUUAAGCACUCGGCCUUUUCUCAGUCUCAUUGAACCCAAAAAAAGGAAAACAGUUGGCAUUUCAGAUUGAGUAUUGAAGAUUGAUAAUCAAUUUUUCGUAUGUGUUUAUUUCGAUGGAAUCACCUUGACAACAACCGUUGGAUGUAUAAUUGAAUGUCGGCAGCAAAUAGCAAUGAGAUUUAAUAGAAAUAUCUCGUUCAAUGGUAUGAAGGAAAAGAUUAGCGCAAAAAUUGUUAGACGUUGUGGAAGAAGGAUCUCGAAACUUUUCUACAAGUUUCCAGUUUUGACAUAUCUCAUCAAAUUCACUGAAAUGGAACUUGUAGACGAUGAAUAUGUGGAGACAAUGAUUGCUCUUUAUUGUGGGAAUCGGAGUGACCAAAAUGCACCAAUUCACUUAUUUACUGAGUUAGCUGGUGUGGAGCCAAAUGAAGAUCUCACUGCAUAUGGUGAAAAACAUGGAGCUCAAGAACUGUGCAUGGUGGCUCCAAUAUCUUACGUUGAUAGUGAAUCGACUAUACGCGGGAUCGAUACCGAUCUUAAUGUUGCACACGAUAUUGAUUUGGUCGGUGAUGAUGGAUAUGAUGAUCAAGAGGUCAAUAGUGAUAGUGAUCCUGAUGUGAACGAGAUCCCCAAUGAUAUUGACGACGAAUAUGUGAAUGACGAUGGAAACAUUAACGUGUCUUUAGUCGUGAACCAGAUUCGACAUAUUGUGAUACACAAUAAUCUGGAGCCACACAUGUCACUCAUAGACCUCGACGCGACGCACAUAGUCGAGUUUUCGGAGUACCCUGAAAUACUACCUGCUCACUGGCUAGCUGUAAAUUUUGAUCCUAAGGAGUUGUUCGUAGGCUAGAGAUUCGAAAGUAAGGAAGAGCGUGUAUUUGUUAUUAAGCGGUAUAGCAUGAAUAUAUCAAUGGACUACAAAGCCAUAGUGUCUAAA